UGUACCAUCUCAGAGGAGGAGAAGGUGGAACGCGACCUAUGUGCGGCCUUUGACAGACUUGCCGUGGAUGAUUUCUUCAAAGAUGACAUUCCCGAUUGGGUGCCUGACGGUGCCACUGCCAGUGAUAAUCUCCAAUACUACGAGAUGAAAGAAUCAGACGUGGAAGAACACAAGCAAUGGCUUCAUCUGUAUGCUGAACUUGCACUCUUUACCACGUUAGACCGUUUCCUGGACGCACUGAGGUGGGCACAGCCAUUUGAGCUGAGAAAGAUCAUUGUGCAAACCAGAGAAGAUGUGGAGCCGAAGAAGAAGGCCAAGGCGGAGAAUGCAGUCUUCUACAUUGCCUUCAAAACCCGUGGCGGCGGUGUACACUACAAUGCUAUCAUAAGGAGAACAAUGGAUGGAACGCCAGAUCAUAUGUCGCUUGAAGUCAAGUGUAUGAGGAUGUGAAUGUCCACCAUUAUCAUAUCGUCCCAUUAUGUAUUCUGAGGUCUUUCUUUGAAGAAAAGUACUAUGGAUGGACCGUUGAAUAAGUUUGUCUGGUGUCUUUCAAGAUAUUAUUAUGUAUCGCGUGGUCUUUGAAUAACUUUUUUAUGUGAGUUACGUGUGUUUUUUUGUGUUCGUUCUUGUUAUCUUAAUGUAUAGCAAA